AUGAGCCCGAGUCGUUUAAGUCUCACGCCCGUGAUUGCGGUGCCAGCGCGAACCCUCUUAACCGCCGCGCUGCUUCUCCUCUUGCUUCAAGUGCACGUCCGCCCGACAUUUCUGGCAGCAAGUGCACAGACCGUACCGCACCGAUCCAGGCGCCUCCCCGGCGCGGCUUCUGCUACCAGAGCCAUGGGACGGCUGUACGAGCGCGGCAGGGUCGUGCGCUCGCCGCAGCACUCCUCGACGACCUCGGCGGCUGCUGCAACAACCGGCGCAGCUAGUGCGAAAACCGCCACUGGAGUCGCCGUGAAGGCUCCCGCAGCGGCCGGAGGGUGUUCGGCGUCGUCGAUCGCAGGCUACACGUCGUCCGUUGCACUCUCCAGAUCCGACACGGUGCUCUCCAACUCUGACCCUCACCUUUCUUUGACGCUCGCCCCUCUCCUUUCCACGCUUUCCCUCCCUUCCCGCUUGCCCAGUCUCGUGCUCCACUGGGCAAAAGGCGCGGGCGGCGGCAGCCUUUCCCUCGCCAUGGAGGUUGGCGGCGCGGCGGCCGGUGGAUGGGUGGCGGUGGCGUGGUCGCCGGACGGCAGCAUGCCCGGCUCCGACGCCGUGAUUGGCGGGCUGCCGGGCGGCGCGGUGAAGGCGUACGCCAUAGGCGGGUACAGCGAGGCGGAAGUGCGUCCCACCCCGCGAUUCUCCAUCGGCUCCGCCUCCUCCGCCAAUGGCGGCUCGCUCAUCAAUGGCCAGGCAGAUGUGGACUUCAGCUGCACGGGUUCAACUGGGGGCGGUACUGGGGGCGGCACGGGCGGCGGCACUGGUGGCGGCACAGGGGGCGGCACUGGGGGCGGCACUGGGGGCGGCACUGGGGGUGGCACUGGUGGCGGCACUGGCGGCGGCACUGGGGGCGGCACUGGGGGCGGCACUGGCGGCGGCACUGGCGGCGGCACUGGCGGCGGCACUGGGGACGGCACUGGGGGCGGCACUGGCGGCGGCAAUGCUCGUGACCGUGUCGUCACGUCUCGGGACGUGGUCUUCGAUGAAGACAAGUUCCCGUCGAAGGAGAAACCCACUCAACAACUCACUUUCAUCCUUCCGCCACGAGAGGAGGUUGAAGAGAGUGAGACUCCACCUCAAGUGGAGAAGGAAGCCGAUGGAGGGGGAGAGAACAACGAGGAGAGCGUUGAUGAUGUCGUGGAGGUGUCACCUACCGAGGCGGCAACUACCUCCACACCUUCCUCCCUACCAUUGGCCUUGACCCGCGAGCGUCGUGAGGUUCGUCCUCCCUCCAAGUACGCCGACUAUGCUACGGUAGCCGUUGGGAAGUUGGAUAAGGAGGGGGCGGCAUUUUGCUUCGCAACCAUGGGUGAUGAUGAACACAUGGAUCCUCUCAUGGAACUACCCCCUAAAGAUCCGUCCCGUGCAUGCUACGAGCAUGUUGGAUUGCACACCUAG